AAAAAAAAAAAACACCAAAAAACUGAGGCAGCAGUACCUAGUGAGGACUCUGAAGUUUGAGUUAGACCCUCUGGGGUCUAAUUACAUGUUUCACGGCUUCAAUCAUUGGUGCCCAGUGAGUUCAUGGUGUCCAUUCACACAGCAAACCAGCGGAAUCCCCCCUUCUCCUGGUUUCACGUAUCCCUGGUUACUAAGACCGCCACCAACUUCCCGCCCCGCUCUUCGCAAACCGCUAUAUAUUUCCUAAAUUUUAACAGUUGUCUGUCUCCCAGUACCUGCGAAUGGAAAAGCAAAGGCAAAACCCCCAAAGUUAUCGUGCAAGCCCCACCCACUGGCAAAACUUCCGGCUCCCGCCCUCGCCGCCGUCCCACUUCCGCUGACGUCGGAGGUCAGAGGUGACAGGAAAGAUGUCGGCUGUCUGUGGCUUUGAGGGGUUGAGGAGAGGAGCAUCUUCGUGACAAGCUCACCGGAGACGGCUAAAAGGAGGCGAAUCGCGGGAACAAGUUUGAGGCCCUGGGGGGGUGUGGGCGCCGAGGGAGCCCUGGCCGCGGGGCAUGACUGUUGGGAGCGUGGAGGAGCGGGGAGUGGGAAGUGCCGGAGGCUGGUAAUACCCCGCAGCCCCCCGGGAAACCGGGAAGCCGAGCUCGGUGGGAGCGCUUCAUGCCGCCAACUGGUUUAGAGCCCGCCAGAAUGAACAGGAAGAAAGGAGACAAGGGCUUUGAAAGCCCAAGGCCAUAUAAAUUAACCCAUCAGGUCGUCUGCAUCAACAACAUAAACUUCCAGAGAAAAUCUGUUGUGGGGUUUGUGGAACUGACUAUAUUUCCCACAGUUGCAAACUUGAAUAGAAUCAAGUUGAACAGCAAGCAGUGUAGAAUAUAUCGAGUAAGGAUAAAUGAUUUAGAAGCUGCUUUUAUUUAUAAUGACCCAACCUUGGAAGUCUGUCACAAUGAAUCAAAACAGAGAAAUCUAAAUUAUUUUUCCAAUGCUUACGCUGCUGCAGUUAGUGCUGUGGAUCCUGAUGCAGGAAAUGGAGAACUUUGCAUUAAGGUUCCAUCAGAGUUGUGGAAACACGUUGAUGAAUUAAAGGUCCUAAAGAUACACAUCAAUUUUUCUUUGGAUCAGCCAAAAGGAGGUCUUCAUUUUGUGGUACCCAGUGUUGAGGGAAGUAUGGCAGAGAGAGGUGCUCAUGUUUUCUCUUGUGGGUAUCAAAAUUCUACAAGAUUUUGGUUCCCAUGUGUUGAUUCGUACUCUGAAUUAUGUACAUGGAAAUUAGAAUUUACAGUAGAUGCCGCAAUGGUGGCUGUUUCCAAUGGAGAUUUGGUGGAGACAGUGUAUACCCAUGAUAUGAGGAAGAAGACCUUCCAUUACAUGCUUACCAUCCCAACAGCUGCAUCAAAUAUCUCUUUGGCCAUUGGACCUUUUGAAAUACUUGUAGAUCCAUAUAUGCACGAGGUUACUCAUUUUUGUUUACCUCAACUUCUUCCAUUGCUUAAACAUACUACAUCCUAUCUUCAUGAAGUUUUUGAAUUUUAUGAAGAAAUUCUUACUUGUCGAUACCCAUACUCCUGUUUUAAGACUGUAUUCAUUGAUGAGGCUUAUGUUGAAGUGGCUGCUUAUGCUUCCAUGAGUAUUUUUAGCACAAAUCUGUUACAUAGUGCCAUGAUUAUAGAUGAGACACCUCUGACUAGAAGGUGUUUAGCCCAGUCCUUGGCACAGCAGUUUUUUGGAUGUUUCAUAUCCAGAAUGUCUUGGUCUGAUGAAUGGGUACUGAAGGGAAUUUCUGGCUAUAUUUAUGGACUUUGGAUGAAAAAAACUUUUGGUGUUAAUGAAUACCGCCAUUGGAUUAAAGAGGAGCUAGACAAAAUAGUGACAUAUGAAUUAAAGACUGGUGGAGUUUUACUGCAUCCCAUGUUUGGUGGAGGAAAAGAGAAGGAUAAUCCGGCAUCUCAUCUACACUUUUCAAUAAAGCAUCCGCAUACGCUUUCUUGGGAAUACUACACUAUGUUUCAGUGUAAAGCUCACCUUGUGAUGAGAUUGAUCGAAAAUAGGAUCAGUAUGGAAUUCAUGCUACAAGUUUUCAAUAAACUGUUAAGUUUGGCUAGUACUGCUUCAUCACAGAAGUUCCAGUCACAUAUGUGGAGUCAGAUGUUGGUUUCCACAUCUGGGUUUUUGAAAUCCAUCUCAAAUGUUUCUGGCAAAGACAUCCAGCCUUUAAUAAAGCAGUGGGUAGACCAGAGUGGAGUGGUAAAAUUUUAUGGAAGUUUUGCAUUUAAUAGAAAGCGAAAUGUUUUGGAAUUAGAAAUAAAGCAAGAUUAUACAUCCCCUGGAACUCAGAAAUAUGUGGGACCCCUUAAAGUGACAGUGCAGGAGUUAGAUGGAUCCUUCAAUCAUACGUUGCAAAUUGAAGAAAACAGCCUUAAGCAUGAUAUUCCCUGUCAUUCCAAAAGCAGAAGGAAUAAGAAGAAAAAAAUUCCACUGAUGAAUGGAGAAGAAGUUGACAUGGAUCUUUCUGCGAUGGAUGCUGAUUCCCCCUUGCUGUGGAUAAGGAUAGACCCAGAUAUGUCAGUGCUGAGGAAAGUGGAGUUUGAGCAAGCUGAUUUCAUGUGGCAGUAUCAGCUCCGCUAUGAGAGAGACGUUGUUGCACAGCAGGAGUCCAUUCUGGCCUUGGAGAAGUUCCCUACGCCAGCAUCUCGCCUUGCACUCACUGACAUAUUAGAACAAGAACAGUGUUUCUACCGAGUGAGAAUGUCCGCUUGCUUCUGCCUCGCAAAGAUUGCAAAUUCAAUGGUGAGCACAUGGACAGGACCACCAGCCAUGAAGUCACUCUUUACUAGAAUGUUUUGUUGCAAAACUUGUCCAAACAUUGUGAAAACAAACAACUUUAUGAGCUUUCAAAGCUAUUUUCUACAGAAGACUAUGCCAGUUGCAAUGGCUUUAUUGAGAGAUGUUCACAACCUUUGUCCCAAAGAAGUCUUAACAUUCAUUUUAGACUUAAUCAAGUACAAUGACAACAGAAAAAAUAAGUUUUCAGAUAACUAUUAUCGUGCUGAAAUGAUUGAUGCCCUUGCCAACUCUGUUACGCCUGCAGUCAGUGUGAAUAAUGAAGUUCGAACUUUGGACAACUUAAAUCCAGAUGUGCGACUCAUUCUUGAAGAAAUCACCAGGUUUUUGAAUAUGGAAAAACUUCUUCCAAGUUACAGGCACACCAUCACUGUCAGUUGUUUGAGAGCAAUACGAGUGCUUCAGAAGAAUGGACAUGUGCCAAGUGACCCAGCUCUUUUUAAAUCUUAUGCAGAGUAUGGCCACUUUGUGGACAUUAGGAUAGCAGCUUUGGAAGCAGUUGUUGAUUAUACUAAAGUGGACAGGAGUUAUGAAGAACUGCAGUGGCUGCUUAAUAUGAUUCAGAAUGACCCUGUACCCUAUGUAAGACAUAAGAUUCUAAACAUGUUGACGAAGAACCCACCAUUUACUAAGAACAUGGAGUCUCCAUUAUGCAAUGAAGCCUUGGUAGAUCAACUUUGGAAACUUAUGAAUUCUGGAACUUCACAUGACUGGAGGUUACGGUGUGGUGCUGUGGACUUGUACUUCACACUUUUUGGCCUCAGUAGACCUUCCUGCUUGCCCUUACCAGAGCUUGGGUUGGUUCUUAAUCUAAAAGAGAAAAAAGCUGUCUUGAAUCCGACCAUAAUUCCAGAGGCCAUAACAGGCAACCAAGAAGCUGCGAUUAAUCCAAGUAGUCACGCACAGCUAGUUGGAUUUCAGAACCCUGAAGAUGAUCACCUUGCCAAGGAAGCCUCAUGUAAUAUGUCAGCUCAUCAUCAGGGAGUGAAGAGGAAGGCUGAUACACCACUGGGGUCCCCACUAGAACCUGGUCAAAUACUGGAGAAGAAUGAGGAUAGCAGUAAAGUCAAACUCAAAAUCAGAUUUUCAAAUUCUCAAGAUGAGGAGGAAAUUGACAUGGACACUGUUCAUGAUAGCCAGGCAUUUAUUUCCCAUCAUUUGAACAUGCUUGAAAGGCCGUCGACUCCAGGGCUCUCUAAAUAUCGGCCAGCUAGCUCCCGAUCUUCUUUAAUACCCCAGCACUCAUCGGGCUGUGAUGGCAUACCAACCACAAAACCUCAGUGGAGUAUGGAACUCGCACGGAAGGGAACAGGUAAAGAACAAUCACCUUUGGAGAUGAGUAUGCAUCCAGUUGCAACAGCUCCACUCUCAGUGUUUACUAAGGAAUCUGCAUCCUCCAAACACAGCGACCACCAUCACCACCAUCACCAUGAGCACAAGAAGAAGAAAAAGAAGCACAAACAUAAGCAUAAGCACAAGCACAAGCAUGAUAGUAAAGAGAAGGACAAAGAGCCUUUCACUUUCUCCAGCCCUGCCAGUGGCAGGUCUAUUCGUUCUCCUUCUCUUUCAGACUGAGAAGGGGACAAAGGAGACUUUCCUUCAGUGUCCAGAAGAAUAUAUAUAACUAAAGCUUUGUCCUCUGUAAGGAAAGAUAAAAGGAAACAGACAAAAAAAUAGUUGCCUUUCUCAUAGAAAUUCAGAAUCCAUGUAAGUUCUAAACAUUUGAUUUAUGUUAUUUAUGCAAUUGAGAUUUAGUUAGAAAAAUGUUUUAUAGUUCUGAAUAAACCAUUUCAUCCCAUUUCCUUCUUAGAACACAAACACACACACUCACACACACACACUCACACCAAACUUCAUAAAGGCCCUCAUAUCCACUGGCAAUUCCCAUUCACAUCAUGGUCUUCAUGUGUACUGCCAAAAUCAAUUAUGUUUUAAAGUCUUUGAUGGAUAUUAUGGGGCAAAGUUAUGUUUUAAACAAGCUACUGCCAGAUUUGUGGUGAAACUACUAUUUCCAGUGAAAUAUUAUAUAACACUAUUUGGAACUACUGAGAAAAGACCGAGGCUUUUCUAUAGGAAUCUUCUGUAUUACACAGUAUUGUUUGUGUUAACCGUAGAGCCUAAACAUCAGAAUUUGUGAACAGGAAUACAUGGUAUUUUCUUUUGCCCUGAAAUACUGAAAUUUCCAGAAGCAGCUCUUUUUAAAAAAAAAUGUUUUUGGAUAGUGUUUUUGAUAGUGCAUUUGGGGAUUAUGAUGUUGGAAUUUAAUAGAAUUCUCAAAUUCACAGUUCUCAAAUCAAGAUGUUUAAAUUAUAAGUUCUUUUUUUCAUUAAGUAUAAGUGAAUAUGUUCAUAUAUAGAAUAUGUUUGCUAAAUUUGGACAGUUUACACACCUAACACAUAAUCUAAAAUUAUUUCUGUAUAACACAAAGUCUGAUACCUUAAAAAGGUGUUUAUAUGGUGUUUACUAACUCAGUCAUAGACAAGUCAGCCCUCAUGUGCAUAUACCAGAAACAUUUAAAAAUAUAUGAAACAUUUUGGUUUCAUACUUAAAUAGUUUGUGUGUUUUUGUUUUUAUUUCUGAGUUUGCCAUGUGCUUUAUUGUUUGUUUGUUUAAAAUGUUUUUUAUACCUGUUCUAUUUUUAUCGUUUCUCUUACCAUUAAUUUGACAAAGUAUUUCUUCCGGAAUAGAUGUUUCAAAGGGAUCCAAUAAUGUUGGACUUUUAAAUAUACUUUUAGUUGUGUUUAACUUGUUUAAUAAAUAACUUUUUAAAUUGA